ACAGGAUUUUAUUGAUUAUUUAGUUUUAUUGGUAAUACUGAAGCUCAUGGGGAUACGGGAGUUAAAACAGCAGAUAAUCUACACAGAGCACAAGUAGAGGAAAUCAAGACAGGGUGUCGAGGAUGAUCUCCUGAUCCCUCCACUGCAACAGCUUGCGUCUUAGUGAGUUAAUGCUCAUUUGGGGUUUGUGUUUUGCUCCUUUUAUGCUUACUUCGAUAUAAAGGAAGCCUAGUUUUGUUUGUCCCCCCCCCCCCCCCCAUCUGUUGUUUAUUUAUUUAUUUACUUACAUUGGCUCCUAGGUUCAUUGGUCUUGCUGUAAUGCCACGUUAUGGAUGUCAGUUCACAUGUCAGAGUGGAUUUGCAGUUGAGUUUGUUCACCGUAGAUCGUUUAUGUCUGUAUGUUAGUUUGCCAACCCUCCAUCUAAUUUAUUUCGUCUUUACUGGGUAGCGGUCUAAUCUUAGAACGGAGCAGGCAAAAUCCCAGUACGCAGGAUUACUGGUCUGAGCGAACAGUUGGCGCAAAUCAAAGGCUUCCCUCUUGUCCCUCUAAUUCCGUAACACGAAGCACGAACAUGCAACUCGUGCAAAUGUUAUUUUAUCCGAGCCCCAAAGAGAAGAGCGGCUCAUACAUUGUUGCUGCUUCACCGAUUGACCUUCCGAGUCACUUGUUUGCUCUGUUCUGUUUUGCAAAUCAACCAUUUAGAUUGUAGCUCUCGUUAGGCCUCGUCUUCAGAGCUCCAUGGCGUCUUUGGACGAAGAGCUGACCUGUUCUGUAUGCCGAGACAGCUUCAGCCAGGCCCACCCUCUACCUUGUGGCCACAGCUUCUGCCCCGCCUGCAUCCGCGAGGCCUGGAGCCCUCGCGGGGAAAAUAAGGGUCGCUUCACCUGCCCCCAGUGUCAGGAGGAGCACGGUGAAGUCCUGUGCGAUUGCUGCCCUCUCCAGGCAGAGGACGGCCAAACCCCGGCGGCCGUGAAAACGUGCCUGAGGUGCGAGGUGUCGCUUUGUGCUGACCACCUUCGACCUCACCUGGAGAGACCGGCGUUCAGCACUCACCUGCUGGUGGAGCCGCUGGGGGACCUGACCCAGAGAAGGUGCCCGUCGCACUCGGAGGUAUUCCGUUACUACUGCGUGGAUGAGAGGGUGUACGUCUGCGGGGACUGCCUGCUGGAGGGGGGGCACGCUCUGCACAAAGUCAAGCCGCUGAGGCAGGUGGAGGAGGACCUGAAGGUCAUCUUGCAGACUCUCCUCAUCAAAGCAGAAAAAAAACUAAAAGACGGCGAGAAAGUUCUCAAAGAGCAUGAAAAUAUUGAUUCUGCCAUGGCGGACUCUCUAAAGCACGACGACAACCAGGUGGAGCGCCUGGACACAGAUCUGCAGGUCCAGGUGAAGAGGCUGGUGGUGGCUCUGAAGGAGAUCACCAAGAAGGAACGGCAGCAGAUCCUAGAGCGUGUGCACCAAGACCUCGCUAAAGUGAAAGACCACAUGAGUCAGACGGUGAACAUUCAGCAGUACCUCAACCUGCUGCUGGCAGAACCUGACCCUUUCCUGCUCAUUUGGGCAUUUCAAUCAGAUGACACAAAAUUGUUAGCAGAUCUGAACUGCCCGCUUUUCCUCCCCGAGCCCAUCUGUGUGGACAGGAAGCUCAUCCUAGAAGACAUAGAGAGCAAAUAUCGAGAGUUCAUCACGGCCACCCUCCGGUGCCUCAGCGAGCUCAAGAGGGAGCUCUUAACCAGCCCUCUGACUCUGGACACAAACUCUGCCCAUCCUCUGCUGAGCAUCUCUGACAACCUGCGUUCAGUGACGCGUGUGAAAAGCCGCUUGCCCUGCGCUGCUCACCCCGAGCGGUUUGACCACUGGCCACAGGUCCUCACUGUCCAGACCUUCUCUUCGGGGACUCACUAUUGGGAGCUGGAGGCUGAGGGAUUCUGGGAUGUUGCCGUCUGCUACCGGAGCAUCGGACGGAAGGGGAAAGAAGGGAAUGCUUUUGGAAACAACAAGGUGUCGUGGAGCUUGACGCAGCAACACGACAGAAAGCUGUCCGCCUGGCACAACCGCAGGAAGACGCGGCUCACCCACCAAAUGGUCGGCAAUCGGGUCGCCGUUGCCGUGGACUACAGCUCUGGGACCAUCACCUUCUCCGAGGUGGGACCUUCCAACAACCUGGUCCACCUCCACACUUUCUCCACCAGCUUCACUCAGCCUGUGUGUUUAGGCUUUGGACUCUAUAAAGCUGAGCUCAAGAGCCGCAUCUCCAUCGUCAAAAUGUGAGCAGCGGGGCGCCACUGUGGAAACCUCUGCUGUGACCCCUGCUUUUCCUGACUGAGUUCUCCCCCUGAAACCGUGUUUAUGAGAUUUUAAGAUGGACGCUCCUUGCGGAAACCAUUUCUAGCCAAGUGAAGUUUGAGCCCAGGAAUUUGAGGGUCAUGAAGAGAGAAGUGUGUUUUAAAGCUAAUUUUGAAUGGUAUAGAUUUUGUAUUUUAAGCAAAGCCUCUUGCUUGUUUGUUUACAGCUUUGUAAAAAUGCUCAAAAUAAAAUUGUCUUUCUAUCGCGCUAAAAUUAUGUCAUACUGAAUAUUUGUGGAAAACGUAACCUUUGAUUGUAUGACAUUUAUUCAUUGAGGGACGAAUCUCUGUGCUGAUCCAGGCAUGUGGGUGUGAAUUUGCGUUUGUGUGAGAGAUCCCAGGAUCUCAGCAGGAGGCCGUGUCUGGCCUGCUGCAGACUACACGCCUGUCUG